AGGCCGAGAAGAGCGGGCCGGUGGAGAGCUGCGUGGCUGGCGUUUCCGGCCGGUAGCGGCGGCACGGGGUCCGCAGUUCCUGGAGUGUAUGGGUUAAGCAACGUUGUGAAUCCUCACAAGGAGUAUCUCCAGCUUAGGGCCAUCAAAUCUUCAUUAGCCUGAAACCUGGACACAGUUGAAGGGGAAAGCUGCCACAUUGUGACAUCUGUGUGGAGGCCGUAGGCUCCAGGUGCACCCCAGCAGUCCAGGGUAGCUCUCCUGUCUCCUCCCCUGAAGAGAACAGCACUACCAGGAUCUGAGGCCUAAGUAUGCUAGAGUCCUGAUACUGAAGGCAAACUAAGGCAAGAGACUGCUGUAGACAGGGUAGAGUCAAGAAUGAACUUGACUUAAGCCUGGGAUCAGUUCCUGGGGCAGGUAGAGAAGAGAGGGAGAAACCGUGGCCCCAAGAGCCAGAGAGAAACAUAACCAAGUAAGGACAGGGGCAGCCUGGCUCCGGCUGCUUCCUCAUGGCCUCCAAGCAGGCUGCAGCCAAGGGCAAGGGGGAGAAGCGGAAGCGAGUGGUGCUAACCCUGAAGGAAAAGAUUGACAUCUGCACCCGGCUGGAGCGUGGGGAGAGUAGGAAGGCUCUGAUGCAGGAGUAUAAUGUGGGCAUGUCUACUCUGUAUGACAUCAAAGCCCACAAGGCCCAGCUCCUCAGGUUCUUCGCCAGCUCAGACUCUCGGCAGGCGCUGGAACAGCGACGUACCCUGCACACCCCAAAGCUGGAGCACCUGGACCGGGUGCUCUAUGAGUGGUUCCUGGUAAAGCGCGCUGAGGGCAUCCCUGUGUCGGGCCCUAUGCUCAUCGAAAAGGCCAAGGACUUCUACAAGCAGAUGCGGCUGACAGAGCCCUGUGUGUUCUCUGGAGGGUGGCUUUGGCGCUUCAAGGCCAGGCAUGGCAUUAAAAAGCUGGAUGCCUCCAGCGAGAAGCAGGCGGCUGACCACCAAGCUGCUGAGCAGUUCUGUGGCUUUUUCAGGAGCCUUGCAGCGGAGCACGGGCUGUCUCCAGAGCAGGUGUACAGCGCUGAUGAGACUGGUCUUGUCUGGCGGUGCUUGCCAAAUUCUGCCCCAGAUGAUGGGACUGUGCCCCACUUCAAACAGGGCAAGGACAGGCUGACUGUCUUGAUGUGCGCUAAUGCCACAGGCUCCCACAGAAUCAAGCCUUUGGCCAUUGGGAAGGGUGGCGGCCCCAGAGCCUUCAGAGGCAUCCAGCACCUGCCUAUUGCUUACAAGGCCCAGGGUAAUGCCUGGGUAGACAAGGAGAUUUUCUCAGACUGGUUCCAUCAUAUUUUUGUCCCCUCGGUGAGAGAGCACUUUAGAACCAUAGGCUUACCAGAAGACAGCAAGGCAAUUCUCUUGCUGGACCAUUCCCGGGCCCACUCACAGGAGUCUGAGCUAGUGUCAGAGAACGUCUUCACCAUCUUCCUGCCCUCCAGCGUGACCUCCUUACUGCAGCCCACAGAACAAGGCAUUCGCAGAGCCUUCAUGAGGCUCUUUAUUAACCCUCCCGUGGCCUUCCAGGGCUUCCCCACCCGCCACAACAUAAAUGACGCCAUAGUCAACGUGGCCCGUGCCUGGAAUGCUGUGCCUAGCCAGGUCUUCCAGCGGGCCUGGAGGAAACUGUGGCCCACUGUCACGUUCACUGAAGGCUCCUCCUCUGAGGAGGAAGCAGAGUGCUGUGCCAUCAAGCCUCACAAGACGUUCGCACACAUCCUUGGGCUUGUAAAAGAAGGGCCAACCUGUUCUGGCAGCAGGCUUCAGGACAGCAGGGUUGAAGAGCGGGUUGUGGCAGGGAGGGACAUAGAUGAGGCCCCUGCCAUUGUGGCACCAUCCCAGGCCACUAGGUGUACAAAAAAGUCAGAGAAAGAUACCGGUGAGACUGAGGAGGCAGCCUGGGAGCAGGCAGCCACAUCCUUUGAGGCACUUGUGCGCUUUGCAGAGCGGCAGCCGUGUUUCAGCGUGCAAGAGAUGGGGCAGCUGCAGGCACUGCACACGGUGUUCAGGAGACAGCAGCAGCUGAGGCAGCCCCGUGUGGCUCUCAGGGCUGUGAUCAAACUUGAGGCCCUUCAGGAGCACCCUGGGGUGUGUGUGGCCACAACCCACCCUACCUUGCCUUGCUCUUCCACUGCAGGUGACAACUAAAGUACCUUGUUUGCACCCACUGGCCCUCUGCAGCUCUGCUCUAUGGCAUGUGCAGCUGUGGGGCAGAGACUGCCUGCUAGGGAGGAGAGCAUACUGAGAUGAGCGAGAGAGCAAGCACAGGCUUGGGCCCCAGGAGCAUGGCUCUUGUCAGGGUUGCUCCUUGUUUACAGAGGGCUCUCUAUGUUCUGGCUAGUGGUUUAACUGUAUCUUCUAGCACAGAUAAUCUAUCAUUUGAAUGGCAAGAGACCUGGUACCCUCUAUCUCGCUACUCUGGAGCCUCCCCUAGCUGCAGCUUGGUUCAGUGGGCCAGUUCUGUGUCUGGUGUUGGAAAACUGAGCCACAUUAUCAGGUUGAAGUGCCUUGAGGGGUGUACCUCCAGCCCUUGGGAGGCUUGCUCUCCUCAACUGGUGGACCCCACGCCCAUUCCUAAGGGCACUGGCUUCAGCGUUUGGCCUCAGUGUUCACAUCCCCCACUGCUAGUUGCUGAGGUAUCAUGCCAACCUCUUGGUCUGCACCCACCUCAUCCAUCAACAAACAAAUUCAACAGCAAGCUCUGUAGUGUCCCUGUCAGCAGCAGGUCCUACCCCUGGGGUCCAGGUCUCACAGAGCCACUGUGCUAAUCUCAGCAUUGUUCAGAGGCCAACAUGUUCUCAGAAGUCCGUGUUCCCCAGAACUUCAAAGUAACAGCCUUUAUGUGAACGGUUUGCAAAGUCACAGAACAGAACAGCACUUGGUGCCUUGGAGCUCAACAUGGGGUAGGGGGGUUAGCACUACUCCAGUGGGAUAUGUGUCUGCCCUGGUUGGUUCUAUGGAGACCAGCUGUCGGAGGACAUGACUUUUCCUGACAUUGUAGCAUUGUAGCCGAUGAGUAGCACUGUGGCUGCUGUGCCCGUGACUCCCAGUGCCCUUUGUCUGCAGAGGUUACCUUACUGUUCUUUCACCGUGGCUUUGUUCUUGACCUUCAUUCCCUCCUGGAUUCCUGUGGCUGUGCUACCACAGUCUUCAUUCCAGUGGUGGACAGCUGCUACACCAAGAGACUUUUGCCGAACCUCUGAGAGCCAGAGGGGUUUGGGCAAUGUUGCUUUGUGUUUCUGUAUCUGUCCAAACACUAAGGAUGGCCAUUGCAGACAGCUCUAGUUGUGGCUGAGUGUCGUCUUGCUUUACCUGCAUGUGUGAAUAUUAUACCUAGGUUGUUUUCAGAAGUCUUUGUCAUGAUUCUUCAGUCCCUGUUGACCAGGGUUAUGCUUCUUUCACACCACUUUUUCUGUGUGUCUGGGUGACAUUUGCAUGCUCAUGUGCUAUCUGGUUUCUGGCUCAUACGGGGCUGUUGUGUAACUCUUGUGGCUAUUUAAGCUGCUGCAGGUCAGAGGUCAGAAGCCACACGUGCCUGAGCAUCAGUGGGCAUGUGGAGUGGGGGCAUGGGGCGGGACUGGGGGCGCUCCUGGGCCUAUAAGGUUUGUACCCAUCAGACCACAUUCUAGGACCAAUGCUAGCUGACCUUCAGGACCUGUUCCUGGUAUUGCCACCUACUAUAUAUGUGAUGCCCCCAGAGCACGUUCCAAAACAACAGCCUCCUUUGUCUUCAUCCCUCUGUCCCAGGGGAGAGUUCCCUUUGUCCAGUGGUCACUGAGGCCCUCAGAAAGCUCUAAGCUCUCCAGGGCAGAAUGUUCUCUGGUUCCCCCUAUAUACUGUCUGCUUCCCCAUCAUGCCUCUCAGACACCUGUGUAGCCCAGCCUAGCCUAGAACUGGCAGUCCUGCUUCAGCCUCCUGUGUAUCAGCAUUAGAGACAUACACUGCCAUGCUUGGUUCAUUUCUGCUUCCUACCACGAGCUAAGCUAUUGUUCCACUGAUAGACAGGUUUUGGGCACUGGAAUGUCACACUGCCCUGGCUGCUCCUUUCCCACCGCAGAGCCUUUUCUCUCUGUUUAUGUGUCAAGAGACCUUUCACAUCACCUCUCACUUCCUGGGAGGAGGUUAAUUUGUCAGCUCUGAUAGCAAGUAGAGUGAGAUUGCUCCUUCAUUACCUCUAGGUGUGCACAAGGAGCUCAUAUCCACAGUGCCGUCCAGUGAGAGGCAGAUGCUAUUUCCGGGUUGUGGUUUCCUCUGCCAGGGCAUGGUUACCUGAGCCCUACCUGGCCCUUUGCUGGUGUCCAAGGAAGAUCAUCCUGCUGGCAUCUGGUCAGAGAAGGUUGUCCCCUGCUUAUGAGGGCCUGGCUAGGACCAUUCUCCCUCACCGGCACUUGCUGCUUGGUGGAAGAGCAGAAGUAUCCUGUCACAGCCCUGUGUUGUCUCCAUAGAAGUACAUCCACAGCAAGACAAGCCACAGCCUUUGUCCUGUGGGUGGAGGGUGGGCAAAUUGGUGGGUUAACUGGGAGAGUGGGUAGAAGAGGGGGCUGCUGCUCUACCCAGUUACCCAAGUAGAAAUCAACUCAGGCUCCCCAUGACACUGGACCUGGGUACCACAAGAAACCGGGUGAGGCCUGGGAGAGGAACCUCGAUGGGGCUGUGAUGGCUGCUGUCACUUUCAGUAAGACUGGGUCUGAGAUGAUCUAGAAAAGAACCCAGAGGGAAGGUCCAAGUCUGGGAACUGGAGCUGUGAUCAUCCUCUUGUGAGCCUGGACUUGGUGAGAGGACACCUUGAGCUUAGUGAGGUGGAAGCUGUGACGUGUGGGAGAUGAUGGGGCUGUGGAGUGGACUGCCAUUGGUCCUGGCUCCAGCUCUUUUACAUGAUGGUCCUUUGCCUGCUUGUUCUUGCCUUCCAUCAGCCCCACCGCCGGAGCAUUCCUUGCAUCACUAACUAGUGUCAUGCUGUCCUUGAUCAUGGAUGGGACAGUAAGUUUUUAAGUAAGGAGUUCAGGGUUCCCUGUUGAGUGCUAGGGCAAGCUGCAGACUGGCUAAAUAUAAGGAAUUAAUCAGAGAUGCCUUUGUGGUUCCAAAGAUUGUAACCCCCAGCUCGCAGAGAGGCUUAGGUUUCAGGGGAGGGAGGUAAAUAAGGGUGUGGUGCCCCCUAGGAGGAGCAUCCUCAGGCCAGAAAGCCAUGGAAGCUCUUGUUUGAUGUGGAUAAGGGUCCUGAGGCCCCUUAGGGAUGCUGAACCCUCUGGCUGGGGUUGAUAGAGCUCCCUCUGUAGGGCUCCAUGCCCAGGCUCUGUCCCUCCAUCGGUGAGAUCAUAGUCUCAGCCUUCAGUGCCAUCCUGCCUCUGCACCCCAGUGCCAGAGCCAGCCCAUGGAGGAGCUUGCCCAGCUGAAAAGAGCUGCCUCUGAGAGAUGGAGAACUUUGUCCACAACUCACAGAGGGCAGGAGGUAGAAAAGACAAAAGUGUUUGGCGGCUAAAUACAUGAAUGAAAAUGU